ACACGCUUGUCGCAGUCGCAGAAAGUUGAAGUUGGCUCAACUCUGUACGACAAGGGUUCUUGCGACUGCGACAACCUUACGACCGGAAACAGUGUUCGUACGACAUUCUCAUACGACAUACGACACGAUCUGUGCGACUAUUGUAGACGAGGCUUUAAUGCUACAACUUGGUAUGUGGCACAACUCCCCUUAACUAUGCAAUUCAACAUGAGAAAAUGGAAAUUGCUGAAUUACUUUUCAAUCAUGGAGCUAACAUUAACGCCAGUGAUACACCACUGUGUUUUGCUGUUAAAAGAGGACAUGUAGAUAGUGUUAAGAUGCGUAUGGACAGAAGCACUAACAUUAAUGCUGAAACUCGGAAUGGCACAACUCUGCUUCACAAUGCGAUUGCACAUGAAGAAAUGGAAUAUGCUGAAGUACUUUUAAAUCAUGGAGCUAAUGUUAACGUCUGUAACAGUAAUGGUGUUACACCACUGUGUUUUGCUGUUCAAAGAGGACAUGUAGAUGGUGUUAAGAUGCUUAUAAACAGAGGUGCUAACAUUAAUGCUGAAAGUCGGAAUGGCACAUCUUCGCUUCACUAUGCGACUGAAAAUAAAGAAAUGAAAAUUGCUGAAUUACUUUUAAAUCAUGGAGCUAACGUUAACGCCAGUAACACUUACGGUGAUACACCACUGUUUCGUGCCAUUAAAAGAGGACAUGUAGAUGGUGUUAAGAUGCUUAUAAACAGAGGUGCUAACAUUAAUGCUGAAACUCGGUAUGGCACAACUCCGCUUCACUGUGCGAUUCGACUUAAAAAAAUGAAAAUUGCUGAAUUACUUUUAAAUCAUGGAGCUAACGUUAACGCCAGUACCAAGAACGGUGUUACUCCACUGUUUCUUGCUGUUAAAAGAGGACAUGUAGAUGGUGUUAAGAUGCUUAUAAACAGAGGUUCUAACGUUAAUGCUGAAACUCGGGAUGGCACAACUCCGCUUCACGAUACGAUUGAAAAUAAGAAAAUAGAAAUUGCUGAAUUACUUUUAAAUCAUGGAGCUAACGUUAACGCCAGUUAUACACCACUGUGUCUUGCUGUUAAAAACAGGCAUGUAAAUGUUGUUAUGAUGCUGUUAGACAGAGGUGCUAACAUUAAUUCUAUAUCAGAGAAGGUUUAUCUUAACCUUUAUUGUGGCUUCAUUGGUUCUAAACCAGUUGGUGAUAUUCUUACACAGCAUAUAGUUAAGAUGAAAACUGCAAAUUUCUAC